AUGUCACUAAGUGACCACCCACGAGUGUAUGGCACCGCCGCCCUGACGGUGACCUUCAUCGCCGGUAUCCUCGUGACCCUGGGCUUCAAAGACCUCUACCCGGAGCUACAAGCCCGAUACGAAAGGCGAAAACGGCCCCGUUGGCGGAGCAGCGUCUUCUUCGGACCCGUCAGUCUCGAAGACCGCGAAGAAUCCCCCGAACCUUCCCCAUCUUCCCUCUCCCCUUACGACCGGGGCAAUGGCAUCGUCCACGGCAUCGAAGGGGCCAUAGGCAACACCCCGCUCAUCAAAAUCCGCAGUCUCUCCGAAGCCACCGGCUGCACCAUCCUCGCCAAAGCCGAAUUCCUCAACGGCGCCGGCGGCAGCCCCAAAGACCGCGUCGCCCUCAACAUGAUCCAAGUCGCCGAGGAGCAGGGGCUCCUCACCCCGGGCCGCGGCGACACCAUCUACGAGGGCACCGUCGGCAGCACGGGCAUCUCCCUCGCCGUACUGGCCCGCGCGCGCGGCUACAAAGCCCACAUCUGCAUGCCCGACGAUAUGGCCAUCGAGAAAUCCGAUCUUCUCCACCACCUCGGCGCCACCGUCGAGCGGGUCCCCGUCGCCCCCAUCACUGACCCAGGCCACUUCGUCAACCUUGCCCGGACCCGCGCCAAGGACCACACCGCGGCGGCCGAUACGCCGUCACGCGGGUUCUUCGCCGACCAGUUCGAGUCGCUGGCUAACUACACGGCCCACAUGAAGACCACGGGCCCGGAAAUCUACGCGCAGACCGGCAACGGCCGGCUCGAUGCCUUUGUCGCCGGCGCCGGCACGGGCGGCACCAUCACGGGGGUGGCCAAGUACCUCAAGGAGGAGCGCGAGCUGGGCGCGGCGCUGCGCGUGGUGCUGGCUGAUCCGCAGGGUAGUGGGCUGUACAACAAGAUCCGGCAUGGGGUGAUGUACUCAGCGACAGAGCGGGAGGGGACACGGCGGCGGACGCAGGUGGACACGAUGGUGGAGGGGAUUGGGAUCACGCGGAUUACGGAGAAUUUUGAGGUUGGGCGGGAGCUGAUUGAUGAUGCGGUCAAGGUUACGGAUGACCAGGCGUGUCGGAUGGCGCGGUGGUUGGUGGAGCAUGAUGGGAUUUUUGUUGGGAGUAGUAGUGCGGUGAAUUGUGUGGCGGCGGUGGUGACGGCGCUGAAGAUGCCGAGGGAGAGUCGGGUGGUGACGAUUCUGUGUGAUUCGGGGACGAGGCAUCUGAGCAAGUUUUGGAAGCAUAUUACGGCGAUGGGGCUGGAGGAUGAGACACAGGAACAGGACGAGGAUUUGCUGGCUGUGCUGGGGCUGGAGAGUCUGAAGCGGGAGUGA